UCGUUAUAAACCCUACUACUCAAUUAUGCUCGAUAAUGACUCCAUCAAGACAUACGAUAUGGAAUUUUUAUCUGACGUUAGAACAGAAGAUAUCAGGACAAUAUUACACGAACUACAGAAAACUCGAAAACAAUAUCAGAUUAUUUUGGAUAUGGCUAAAUGUAUGUGUAAACCAGUAUACAAAUGGCAAUUAAGUUGUUGGCAGAAAUCCCUGUUUAGAUACGAGUAUGAGUUGACUCUUCUUGUGCCCAGCUUAAGGUUGAUUAUCCAGGAGCAAAACGGACACAAAAAUAUGUUCCUCUUCUCUUCCCUUGUAGAGCUGCUCACCUGGAAGGACCUGAUCAGCAACUCCCGCUGUGGAGAAACUGAAUACCAUAUUUGCCUGAAUUUUAUCUCUCAAUAUUCUAAGAUUGACCGGCUGCCAUGUGACACUGAUACAAAAAACAGCCUACUUCACAGUUCGGGAACUCUCAACGUCUACGUCCACCAGAUCCGAAGCUGUGACUGCACCCUUCCUCCAGGUUUGUAA